GGAUUACAGGAGUACGUGCAGCCAUUUCAGUCAUAGUCAGAGACGGUUACUUGUACAAUUUAGAGUUUUGUCUUUGGUUUAGUGGCUGGAUAUCAGAUGAGGUCAUUGUGAGUAAGGUAGCCAACUGGACUGGAAACUUCUUCCUUGAAAACUUCAAACAUUUCAGGACAAGCUCAUCUGGCUUUUUGCAAAGCAAUCAGUUCUGCCACUGGUUACAGAUGUUUAGUGUCAGUCAAGCAAAUCUUUUAGUUUAUGUUUUUUAGGAUCAAAUGAACAUCACCAGUUUGUGACCGGUGAAAUUCCAAGUAAACAUUGCAGGACUUGUAUUACAUGCUGCUCUACGGUAGGCCAAGGUGGUGUUAGGAGUCUUGCCCAAGUGCUUGCCAUGGUGGGGGACUGAACUCCAGUCUACAGUGUAGAAGGAAGCAUGCAUCGUGCAGACUGGAUGCUGUGGCCAAAGGAGGCUCAGAGGAGAGAGGAGAGGAGGGCUGAGGCAAGGCUGGCUGAUGGGCUACAGAGGCUAGACGAGGCCAAACACUAUCAGCUCAGCACUCUGAGCCGAGAACAGCGCACACUAUCCCGCCACCUCAUCGCCAUCAAAACAGGAAACCGGCGGAGAGGUUUGCAUGCCGUGGGGUCACGACCCACCAAUCAUGACUUUAGCCAACCUGUUAUGUCCUUUAAGAAGACCCUGUUACCCAUAAUCCCACCUGCUGGCAGGGAGCCGGACAAGCCCAGGCCGGUGAAGCCACAGUCCAGCAGCUCUCUGCAGGCUCGUGUUCAGGAAUUUAUCAGCAGUGGGGAGACCAAGGCUGAUAACUCCACAGCACCUCUCUGUCUACCUGAGCUCAAACUGCAGCCCACCAACACACUGCCUCCAGAGAGAGAGGAGAACAGGGAGAGAGAGACAUAUAGAGACAGGGGGAGGGAGGGUCAGAGGUCAGUGUGGGAAACAGAGAGAGACAGGCCUAGAGACAGUCAGAAAGGAAGAGAACUGAUGGUGACGCAAGAGAAAGACAAGGAAAAAGCUGAAGAAACUGAUGGAGCCACGUCCCUUUCCUCUCCUCCUUCCCCCCUUUUGGACUCCCUUGCACCUGAUGGCCGUUUAAGGACAGUUCAUGUGCUGCCCAACUUCGCACAGGCCUUAGCGGAGGCUCGCAAAGCCAGAUACAUACGCCACCGCGGCCGGCCGCCAUGUGAAAGAGAGCUGAGCAUCAGAGAGAUAUUCUCCAAAAAACUCUAGAGACACAGACACUAAUGACUGUAACACACACGUCUGUGUUUCUUUCACACACAGAAACACAGCUACACCUUCACUCAUCUCAGACAUGGAGCUCUAAUCAAUGCACUAUUACUAUACCUUUAAAAUGUAGACUAUAAUUGACUAGACAACUGAAUUUUAGGCAAUAAAUCCUCUAAGAAUGCAACUUUGCUACAGUUCCUAUGCUAAAACCUUUGCUACUAUGCUAAAACCUACAGGCCUUUUUAAAGAUACAAAAUACAGCUGAGACUUACCUUAAAACUAAAUUCUACCCAUAUUUGAAAGUUGUGUGUAAUUAAGUUGUAGUAAUAUAAAAAUACAAAGUCAUUCAGAGUAAUUUGAAGUUUUUUUUAUUGGGUGCU